AUGAAUUUUCAAAGUUAUCAGCCACAAUAACCAUAUGAUAAUUAUUAAAGAAAUAAUUCAAGAGGGAACUCUUUUAUUCUUAGAAAUUCAGGACAGAAUAUUUUGGGAAAUAGAAACAAUAAUUUUAAUCCACCUUAAACUGAUUUUAGUAAAAUGUAUGACAGCAAUCCUAUGGCUAAGCAGAAUUUUAUGAAUCAUUAAUAAAAAUAAGUUGAUUUCAAUCAAAGAUAGUAGUAAUAUAAUAGCAAUAUCAUAAAUUAAUCAAAUGAUAUAAGAGCUUAAGAACUAAAUUUGCGAAAUAUAGACAGAUUAAAUAAAAUAAAUAGCGAGAUACUUAGAAAAUAAUACAUAGAUUAAAUGAAUGAUGUCAAAAAUGCAUAAAAUAACUUGCAUGCUCCAAAAUCUAAUGGCUUUAGGCAAAAUGAAUCAUAGCAAUCUUUUCAUACUGCUUAAAACUAAUAGCCUAUAUCACCUCCAAAAAGAUAAAUAUAUUCCUCUGGAUAACCAAAUUAUUAAGAACAGUAAGAAACAUAAGAUAAAAUAAACUAACUAUUGUAUUAGCCUAAUUAAUAUAUACCUUAGCCAUAUAUUCCACAGUUUAAUUCUUAUCAAUAAAUACCAAGAAACUUUGAAUACCCAUUUUAUAAAAGAGAAUUAGAAGAUUACGAAGACAAUAUAAAACCUGUAAAAUAAAUUGGAACAGUAAUAUAAAAAUAAAAUGAAUUAAUGGCAUAACUUAUUAAUAAACUUGGCUAAAAUAAUACUGCCCCUCCACCUAAUUAAUUUGAUUAUCAAAAAAGACAAUUUGAUGAAUAUGAUAGAUUUAUGAAACUUCACUAAAAUUUAAUAGAUCUUAAGUAUUAGCCUUAGGUCUAAUAAGUUUAAAAUCCCUAACCAGAUUCUAAUAAUAACAUGAUGGUUUAAAUGAUGUACCAGUAAUAAAUGAUGCAAGCUCUAAUGUAUGCAUAGCUUUUGAGAAAUCAAGAUAAAAAUGAUGCCAAUAAACAGUAGUAGUCUGUCUUAGAUUUAUUGAAGUAGUAAAGAAAGGAGGAUAAUCUUGAACGAAUGAUAAAAUAACUUAUAAUGUAAAAAGGUGGAAAUCUUGAAGAACUUUAAAAAAAGCUAGAUGAUUUAGCUGGCAGGUAGCCAUAGAAGGCUGUUAAAUAAAAAAAGCCUGUUAUUGAAAGCGAUGAUGAAGAUGAUGAUGACGAAGAUGAAAAUGAUGAUGAUGAUGAAGACGAUGAUGAUGAAGAAGAAUUAGAUGAAGCCAAAAAAGCUGAAUUGGAAAAAUAAAGAAAAGCAUAGCUAUUAAAAGGAGCAAUAUAAAAGGUAAAGAAGGUUUGGAAUAUGAGCAGAUUUGCUUUUUUGUUUCUUGGAAAUAUCAGGGAAAGAGAAAACGAAAGAAGAAUAACAGCUUAAUAAGGUUUAUCUUAAAUGUUACAAACUUCUAUAAAAGAAGGUUUACUUUGGGUUUUAGUAGCAGCCGAAAAGGGUUUUUCGAUAAUAAGAUAAAAACCAAAAGACGAUUUGGAUAUUAUAAAUAAUGUAACUAAGCUAAAAUCUACUUAAUUAGAGAGUAGGAUAGAUAAUAUUUGCAAUAUAACUCAAUUAAUUAUAGAAGGUUUGAUUGAAAAUAUUGAUAUAAUUCCAGAUAGUAUUUCCAAAUAUUCUGCUAUUUUCUUCUAAGAAAAAUCCUAUCUUCCAGAUGGACUUAUUUCAUAGUUUGAAAUCGAUAGAUUAGAAUUUAAUUAGACAUAUGGAUAUAUUAGGAAUGUUAAUAAUGAAUAAAAAUUAAUGCUUACAGGUGUUUAUUUAUUAAUCAAAGUUAUAAUUAAUGCAGCCCUUGCUCAUCCUUGGUAAUUUUAGUAAAAAGAUCUUAAACUUAAAGAUGAUUAGAUAACAAAAACCAAAUUGCUUAUUGUUUGUUCUAUUCUUUAUCAUAUUUUUAUGGAAUACAUAAAAAAAACUAUAAAUCCCAUUCAAAAUAACACAAUGAAUAUUCCAUAGAAGUAUAAACCUCAACCUUUGCAAUAAACGCUAGUUCAUGAAUUAGGGAAUAAAAAUUAACCUGAAAAUGGGACAAGAUAUAAUAUUGUUACAGGACUUAUUGAUUACAAUAGUCUUUCUACAAUUUGGACUCAAAAAGGAGAUUGGAGGAAUGAUAUGGUUGAAAAAAUCAAAUUGUUAUUAUAAAAAGUUGUUGAUAAUGCGAAUCUCUAUGACCAGUAAGUUGAAGCAAUGGAGAAGUAAGAAUUCAUAAAGUAAGCACAACAAGACCAGUUGUUGCUUCCUCCUCAUAUUAGAAAAACAAAUUUUGCAUAGUAAUUCAAUUAAGUUCCACCAAACAAUAGUAAUAAUACUAAUCAAAAUAAUCAGAAUAACAAUUCAACAGUUGAUAACAAUAAUUAAGCUAAUAGCUGA